CAAUAACAAAAAGGCCAAAAAAAAAAAAAAAAGAAUGGGAAAACUCGAAUUCCAAAACAUAAGAGCUCAGCGCAGGGAGAGUCAACACAGAAAAUUCACUUCCCUGACGAGUUUGAUGAAACACAAGCCAGAGCCUAGUAAACUUACACCUGUAGCACAAUAAGCAGCUCAGAAUCAAACGGAAAGGAACCAAGUAAGAAGAAGAGAUGGAAGACGACGGUAACGGCAGCAACAGCACCGUCGUGGACACCGCCAAGGCGGAGAGAUCGGUGUGGCUGAUGAAGUGUCCACUAGUCGUUUCCAAGUCCUGGCAAGCUCAAGCUGCCGCCUCUUCUUCCUCUUCCGUCUCCGAUUCACCUCCGGCCUCUAAAGUCGUCGUCUCUCUCGAUCCUCUUCGUCCCGACGACUCACUGCAGUUUACUAUGGAGAUGGCUGGAACUGGAAGUGAUGCCGGAAACAUGCCGAAAAGCUACUCGCUUAAUAUGUUCAAAGACUUUGUUCCUAUGUGUAUUUUCUCUGAGACAAAUCAAGGAAGAGUUGCUGCAGAAGGGAAAGUCGAACAUAAAUUUGACCUGAAACCACACAAUGAAAACAUGGAAGAGUACAGAAAAAUGUGUCGUGAGAGGACAAAUAAAUCGAUGGUCAAAAAUAGACAAAUUCAAGUGAUCGACAAUGAUCGUGGUGUGCACAUGAGGCCUAUGCCUGGAAUGGUAGGCUUGAUUGCAUCCAAUUCUAAGGAUAAGAAGAAAGCAGCUCCAGUUAAGGGAUCAGAUGUCAAGAGAACUAGACGGGAUCGUGGAGAACUAGAAGAUAUCAUGUUUAAACUUUUUGAAAGACAACCUAAUUGGGCCUUGAAGCAGCUUGUGCAAGAGACUGAUCAACCUGCGCAAUUUCUGAAGGAGAUACUGAAUGAGCUCUGCGUCUACAAUAAAAGGGGUACAAACCAAGGAACAUAUGAGCUGAAGCCAGAGUAUAAAAAGUCUGUUGAGGAUACAGGUCUUUAUAGCAUCUUUGGUGAGGAGAUACUUGUACCAUCUUCUUAUUUCUACCAUUGGUCAUUGUGUCAAGUUGGCUGGAACAUUAGUUAGAAAUGGUGGGCUUGGCUACCCUGAUAUGGGACCCUCCUCACCAACUGGUGCAAUUUAAAGGGGCUAGCUUAAUGGAGACUUUGUCACUCCCAUGAACGUGGAUGUCAAAAGUGGGUAACCAAUCAAUGAGGAGAGAGAAAGUUUGUCAAAUUUUGUAUAAUGAAAAUAGAAGUGGUCCAACAAUUGAAGGGCAACUAUGAUAUUCCUGGGUCAGUCUUUCUACUCAAUUAGGCGAUAAUCAUUCAUGUGGUAUGGUGAAUUUCUUAGCCUUCUGUUUUUGUUUCAGUCAAAGGUCAUUCCUCUGACGUCCUUGUUUAUGAAGUAACUAAAAAGUAUAUUUGAUUGUUUCUCACGAUGUGGUUCUGCAUCCUCUACUACUUAUGACACUGUUUUGAAGUUAUGAGCA